UGCCGGGCCUGAUGACUGACUCUCCUUGCAGAUGUCACUGGCGAGGACCUGGCACGUGGCUGCCUAGUGCCUGGAGUCACCAGCACCUACAGACCGAUCCCAGAUGCUGCUCCAGGGUACUCGUCAGACUCCUGGGAGGGAGGUGGCAAGCUGAGAAGUCUUGAAAGGCAGGUGCCGCUUCUCAAACUGGCCUCCCAGGACUCAGGAGUGGAGAUGGCAGUUGGGGACAGCUCCCUGGCCACCUCAUGGGGGCUUUCUCAAGACUCUCUGAACUUUGAGCCCAUGGAUAGCCCUGAGGCCCUGGCUCUUGGGGCUGUGGAGGAUCCUGCCCACAUAAGCCGGCUUCUGGCCAGCCGUAAGCUGGAGCAGGUGCUGGAGCGGUCCCGCCAGCUCCCGACUUCCCCUGCCAGCUUGUCACAACACUACCGCUCCCUGAGCCCACCCAGCCAGCCUGAGUGUGAAAAGCCUCUUUUUGGAGCAGGGGGACAGGAGGCCACUGAGGCAGAGAGUGACCUAGAGGCAGGCCUGGAAGAAGCAGAGGUGGUGAGGCCUGAAGCCCAGGCCUGCCUCCCGGGGCAGGGUCUUCGCUACCUGGAACACCUGUGUCUAGUGCUGGAGCAGACGGCGAGGCUCCAGCAGCUCUACCUGCAGCUGCAGACUCGGAGGGCCUCUGGGGAUCCUGAAGAGGAGGAGUCAGAGGAGUCAGCUGUGGCCCCUUCAUCUCCAUCCUCUCAUGCCCCAGGCAGUGAGGUCCAUGAGCCGUGGGAGCGGCUCAGCCAGACUAAGAAGACAGGAGCAAAAACAGCUUCACCCCCAAAGGCAGGGGUCCCCAGCCCCAGCCCUCCCAGGCUGUCAGAGGCCCCAGCAGAGCACGCUCACACCUUCUCAUCCUCCCAGGGACACAGGGUCAAGGUCCUUCUCAACCGGAUCAGAUGGAGGAGCCCUCGACCUGCUGAACCCGCUGCCCUUCCUGACAGCCCUGCCCCCAGGACUGCAUCAGGGGGCCUCCGUGAAAGGCCUCCAUGCCACCCCCUCCGGAAGACCUUGAUGCCAUCGUCAGCAGUUAAGAAGCAAAGAACAAAAAACCUUUCUGUGCACUGAGACCUCCUGGUGCUGGGAUGUGACCCCGGGUGGGAGGGAGCCUUCUUCCUCACCCUUUGCCCUGUUGUGGGCACUGCCUGGAAAAGAUGCUGACACUUGCCCUUCUCUCUGAGCCUGGGUCCCUGCGAGGCCCCAAGAUAUGGCAGCUCCCAGGCUCCUCCCCGGUUGCCAGAAAUCUCUGGGCUUAGGCAAUGUGAACUAACUUAUAUAUCUAUCAUCCAUGGAGUAUGUUCAUCAUGGUGAUCUGUCGGGGCCCAGUGUGUUGCAGAUGUGUAUUUAUGCAAAGUGAUGUAUAUCUGUGGGACUGUCAGUGUGGUGAGCUGGCUGGAACCAACCACCUCUCUGGAAUCAUGCAGUCACAGAGUUGGUUUUUGGGGUGAGGUAACUGCAGAACGAUGGAACUGACCUUCAUUCCUGAGCGGGCAGUAACUGAUCUGGAGUCCUGUUUUCCUCCAUAUACUUGUGUGGGCAGCCCCAGGACAGAGGAGGGUGGGUGGCUCUGCACUGAAUACUUGCCCCUGAAAGACUGCACCAGGGAUGGGAGAGUCAAGGACAACAUAGGGAACAGCAGAGUAUUCUUCAAGGUCUGUUCUCAGCUGCUGUACUCUUUACUAGCCUUUCCAUAUCACAGCUGAAACCAGAGGCCCAUACUACCUUUAGACCUUGAGAAAAAUCCCUUAACUUUUCUGAGCCCUAGCUUCUCACUUAAUCUCCCAAGUGGUAUAAUGAUGUCUGCCCUACCUACCUCACAGGCUUGUUAUGGGGAUAAAAUGAGAUUAAACUGUCUCAACAUG